AUGUCAUUUUCGCGUUAUUUUUCGCAGAACUUGCCAUUGCCUUCCAAAAAAAGGAUGUUUUCAACGGCAUCGAUGUCCCAGAUGUUUGUUACAAGAUCGAUAAAUGGUGGUUACUUUAAAACACACGAAUUUGUGGUUAACGAGGAGCAUAACGACAUGAGGCUUGACAAAUUUCUACAUCUUAAAACUGGCCUUCCCAUUUCCGUUCUGCAAAAGAAGAUUAGGAAAAAUGAGGUGAAAUGGAGAGAAAAAUCUAGAGAAAGUAGUGGAUCGGAUGAGACCUCAACAGAUAACGAGGUACAACAAACUAGAGGUGUAAAUCGCUCGAGUAAAGUAGGAGUGGGCGAUGUCGUGACUGUGAGAAGUCCGGAUUUUGUUCUUGAAAGGAAACUUGUCAGAUCAACAAAGCGAGACAUCCAGUCUUUUAGUCAAGAAGAGAUCGCGCGAAUCAGGUCCAUGAUCAUAUAUCAAGAUGAGGAAAUCAUGGUAAUCAAUAAACCCCCGAGACUUUCCACUCAAGGUAAAGUGGCCCUAAAACAUUUGAACAUGUUGAUGGUCUAUUACGCGGUAUUUUAUAAUGAUCAUACUCUUGUCAACUUCUUACUCCAAACAUUGAUUGCAUUGAUGCAACGCGUACGUGUAGCAUUGCAAUAUGAUUAUCCAGAUCCACCCCGCUUGGUUCAUAGAUUAGAUAAGAACACGACCGGAGCGUUGUUGCUUGGAAGGACAAGAUCUGCGGCUGGUCAAUUAUCAUCAAUGUUUAGAGAAAGUUCGGUGGAAAAGAUGUAUACGGCCGUGGUUACAAGGUUUUUACCACGAGAUAUGACAAGAAGACGAAUAAAUAUACCAAUUGUUUAUGGUGGUAAGCCACCUUUUGAGAGGGUCAAGGUUGUUACAGAUAAGGAUUCGCCAUUAUUUGCAAAGUCGAAAACGGCGACAACGGAUUUUCAAGUUUUGGCUGGUACAAAUGGUUAUGCGCUACUUCGAUUGUUCCCACGGACUGGUAGAAAGCAUCAAUUGAGAGUUCAUUGUUCCACGAUCUUGGAGGCGCCGAUUUUAGGUGAUAAUAAAUACAGAUUCUUAGAGAGUGCUUCUAAUGAACUUGAGCCGAUGCAUCUACACUUGAGAAGACUCGUGAUUCGAAAUUGGCGAACUGUUUCUGGGAAGACGUUAAAAAAUCCGAUCGAAGUUUAUGCCCCAUUCCCGAGUUACUUUGUAAAUAAGGUAGAAGAGCUAUUCGUAGCGAUGGCGACGUAUCAAGAUCAAGAUGGUUUUGAGGACGAAUUGGAUCCUGCCGACAUGGAUAUCAUAACCAACAGCGGUGCUUACAUGGGAGUUGACGAAGAAUUGGACGAAGAGGGUCAAUUACAAAUGCAAUUGUUGCUUCAGCAACAGUAUGCUCAAGAGAUCCCCGACGUCGUUAAGAAUUUCAUAAUGUUUUUUCAUCGAAACAUUCUGGAAAACAAUGUAUACGAGUUGCAUGGGAUAUACGAAAACUCUUUUAAUCGGCUGACGGAAAAAUUCUAUUCAAAAACGACUUGGCCCGAAGCCGAUUUCAUUGCACCUUUGGUCAACGAUGAUCAAGUAUUCCUGACCUUGUAUCGGGAACUUUACUACCGUCACAUAUAUUCGAAAUUAUCCCCUACCAUUGAACAUCGUUUUCAUUCGUAUGAAAAUUAUUGUGAUCUGUUUAAUUACAUUCUGAACUCUGAUGGUCCUGUUGGGUUGGAAUUGCCGAAUCAGUGGCUUUGGGAUAUCAUCGACGAGUUUAUUUAUCAAUUUCAAUCAUUUUGCAAUUACCGUAACCGACUUAAGAACAAGACCGAUGAAGAAAUCGCUUUAUUGCGAGAAAACCUUCAGGUUUGGAGUUGUUAUAGUGUAUUGAACGUCUUGUAUUCGCUCAUCACAAAAUCAAAGAUCACCGAGCAAUUGCUUGUGACCAAGCACGGUGGUGAUAUGAUUGAAGCUGCUGGGGAAUACGGUUCACGUCCAUUGUACAAGAUGCUAGGAUAUUUUAGCAUCAUCGGUCUUUUGCGAGUCCAUUGCUUGUUGGGUGAUUACACGUUGGCACUUAAGAUGAUGGAUAAUAUUGAACUCAAUAAGAAGGCUCUCUUUGCACGCGUAACAGCAUGCCAUGUCACAACUUAUUACUACGUUGGUUUUUCGUAUAUGAUGAUGCGAAGGUACGCGGAUGCCAUUAAGGCUUUUUCGCACAUACUCGUUUUCAUUGCGAGAACAAAAAUGUAUCACACACGAUCUUAUCAAUUUGAUCAGAUCAGCAAAAAAGGUGAUCAAAUGUAUGCUCUGUUGGCCAUUUGUAUUGCCUUGUGUCCAACGAGGUUGGAUGAAAAUAUUCACACUCACAUGAGAGAAAAAUAUGGUGAACACUUGUCUAAGAUGCAACGUGGUGAUGAAGGACUACAAACGUUCGAGGAAUUAUUUCUAUUCGCCUGUCCGAAAUUCAUUUCACCAAUCGGUCCGAAUUUCGAAGACUCCAGCGCUUUAAUUGAACCACAUCACCAUCAUGCGAAGAUUUUCCUCGCGGAAGUGCGUCAUCAAAUUCUCAUUCCAACGUUACGAUCUUACUUGAGAUUGUACACGACCAUGGGAAUUGACAAGUUGGCCGCGUUUUUGGAAAUUCCGCCCGAUGAAUUGAGGACUCAGCUACUCAUCGUUAAGCAAAAAUCACGUCAACAAAAAUGGGUCAGCGGAACGUUACUUGAAGGAGAAUACAUGACAACUUCGGAUCUCGACUUUUGCUUGAAGCAGGACAUGAUUCAUAUUGCCGAAUCCAAAGUGGGACGCCGUUAUGGGGAUUGGUAUUUGCGUAACAUUAACAAGUUUCAGGAUAUUAUCGCGGGAAUGGAACUUCGUAAUUGA